GCCGCCGGCCGAACUACCCAUGUGCUGUUUCCGGUCGUACUCGGAAGUACGACUCCCAGCCGUAGCUGGGACUCUCGGCAAUUGCCAGCGGUGUGGGUUUUCUUAAAACUGCUCGUCGCGGAGCCAGUCAGCAGCUAACAUGUCUAGCAGAAACAAUAACAAGCUGCCCAGCAACCUGCCGCAGUUACAGAAUCUGAUCAAGCGAGACCCGCCGGCUUACGUGGAGGAGUUUCUACAGCAGUAUAAUCACUACAAAUCCAAUGUGGAGAUUUUCAAAUUACAACCAAAUAAACCCAGCAAAGAACUGGCAGAGCUGGUGAUGUUUAUGGCACAGAUUGGUCACUGUUAUCCAGAACAUUUAAGUAACUUUCCUCAAGAGCUGAAAGAUCUUCUCUCUUACAACCACACUGUCUUGGAUCCAGAUCUCCGAAUGACAUUUUGCAAAGCUUUGAUCUUGCUGAGAAAUAAGAAUCUCAUCAAUCCAUCAAGUUUGCUAGAACUCUUCUUUGAACUUCUACGUUGCCACGAUAAGCUCCUUCGAAAGACUUUAUAUACUCAUAUUGUGACUGAUAUCAAGAAUAUAAAUGCAAAACACAAGAACAAUAAAGUGAAUGUAGUAUUGCAGAAUUUCAUGUAUACCAUGUUAAGAGAUAGCAAUGCAACUGCAGCCAAGAUAUCUUUGGAUGUGAUGAUUGAACUCUACAGAAGAAACAUCUGGAAUGAUGCCAAAACUGUCAAUGUGAUCACCACAGCAUGUUUCUCUAAGGUCACCAAGAUAUUAGUUGCUGCUUUGACGUUCUUCCUUGGAAAAGAUGAAGAGGAGAAACAGGACAGUGACUCAGAAUCUGAGGAUGAAGGACCAACAGCAAGAGACCUGCUAGUGCAGUAUGCCACAGGGAAGAAAAGCUCCAAAAACAAGAAAAAGUUGGAAAAGGCUAUGAAAGUCCUCAAGAAACAAAAGAAGAAAAAAAAACCGGAGGUGUUUAACUUUUCAGCUAUUCACUUGAUUCAUGAUCCCCAAGAUUUUGCAGAAAAACUACUGAAGCAGCUAGAGAGCUCUAAGGAGAGGUUUGAAGUGAAGAUGAUGCUCAUGAACCUCAUCUCCAGAUUGGUGGGAAUUCACGAGCUUUUUCUCUUCAACUUCUACCCCUUUGUGCAGAGGUUUCUGCAGCCCCACCAAAGAGAAGUAACGAAGAUCCUUCUGUUUGCUGCACAGGCAUCUCAUCACUUAGUACCCCCAGAGAUCAUGCAGUCAUUGCUCAUGACUGUGGCCAACAAUUUUGUAACCGACAAGAACUCUGGAGAGGUCAUGACAGUAGGAAUCAAUGCUAUAAAAGAGAUAACAGCUCGAUGUCCUCUAGCCAUGACUGAAGAACUUCUCCAAGACCUGGCUCAGUAUAAAACACACAAAGAUAAGAAUGUGAUGAUGUCUGCUAGAACUUUGAUUCAGCUCUUCCGAACACUGAAUCCUCAGAUGUUACAGAAGAAAUUCCGGGGUAAGCCUACAGAGGCCUCCAUAGAAGCAAGAGUGCAAGAAUAUGGAGAACUAGAUGCUAAAGAUUACAUUCCAGGAGCAGAAGUUCUGGAAGUUGAAAAAGAAGAAAAAAAUGCUGAAGAUGAUGAAGAUGAGUGGGAAAACACGAGUCUCAGUGACGAGGCAGUUUCUGAUGGCGAAUGGGUUGACGUGCACCAUUCUUCCGAUGAAGAACAGAAAGAAAUCUCUGAGAAGCUGAACAGCAUGCCCUUGGAGGAGCGGAAAGCCAAAGCCGUGGCCGUCAGCACUAGCCGAGUGUUAAGUCAGGAAGACUUCCAGAAAAUCCGAAUGGCCCAAAUGAGGAAAGAACUCGACGCUGCCCCUGGGAAAGCCCAAAAGAGGAAAUACAUCGAAAUAGACAGUGAUGAGGAGCCCAGGGGUGAGUUACUUUCUCUUCGGGACAUUGAACGCCUUCAUAAAAAGCCAAAGUCUGACAAGGAGACAAGACUAGCAACUGCAAUGGCUGGAAAAACAGACCGAAAAGAAUUUGUGAGGAGAAAAACCAAAAUGAAUCCAUUUUCCAGUUCCACGAAUAAGGAGAAGAAAAAGCAGAAGAACUUCAUGAUGAUGCGGUAUAGUCAUAACGUCCGGUCAAAAAAUAAGCGUUCCUUCCGAGAAAAGCAGCUGGCGUUACGAGAUGCUCUCUUGAAAAAGAGAAAAAGAAUGAAGUAACUUCCAAGCAAGUUUUCCAUUCCAGGGAGAAUGCUAAAUUCGUGUCAUUACUCUGAAAACUAGUACAUUUAGAAUGUUUACAUUAAAAAGUCCAAAAGCACUAUAUUGUGAAAACCACAGUAAACUUGGUAGCUUCUGGUGUUCUUAUUUUAGAGAUGGGUAGGGGUGGGAAUGUUUGAAAUGUAAACAGUAAUGGUGUUGUAAAAUCAUUUUCAUUUAGUGUUCAUGCAAAAAAAAAAAUACAUAUAUAUAUAUAGAGAGAGAGUGCCUAUUAAUUGUCACUGAAGAUAUAAAAUUGAAUGAGCCACAACUCCUCACUCAAGGUAUUUAUAGCCUGUUUGUAGGAUGGGGCAAGGGGCAAGUAUGUAUCUGUGUAUUUACAGUGUUGUAUAAAUAGUUCUCUAGUAGAGAUAGGUUCAUGCUUCUAUGGGGUCACAGAGGCCUUAUGGACUAACUCUGCAGGGGAUGGGAGUUAUACAUUCUCUUAAAACAGGACAAUGUUACAAGAGUAAGAGGAUCUUACUUGUAAAUAGGCUUACCUGCUGAAAACAGGUCCCUGCUGUACAGGUUUUGGGUAGACAAUAUAGCUUUUUUAGUCCAUCCAUCCAAAAGAUGUAAUUUUUUUUUUAAUGCCAGAUACUGGCUUUUUGGUUAAAACCUUGCUUUUUACAUUGCCUUACGUAUAAAUAGUAAUCUUGGAGUGGCCUCAGUUCAUCAUUUGGGCUGCUCAUUCUUCCAUAGAGGAAAAAGAAAUUAGAUUGGUUUCCUCAGCCUUCCUUCACCCUGUAAUAUUUUCAUCCCACCGUUUGCCAUGUCUCACUCAAUAAAAGGUUUCUAAUGUCAAAUAGGUACUCUGUGCUGAGUGGUGUGUGUUGUCUCCCUUCACUAGGUGUGCUUGAGUAGAUUUCAGGGGUCACCGCACGAGAGCCGUGGUCAGCUGUUUGCAAGUUGUUGCGUUUGGAAAUAGUUUGGUGCCCUUUGUCUCAGAUUUCUUAGGUAGUGUGGUAGUUGGGGAAAUUGCUUCAAGCUAGAGGAAAAGGCAAUUUUCUGCCCACUCAGCAGCUUCUAAGACCACUUUUCUUACUCCUUUUCCAGCGUCUUCUGUUCACUUUCUCAGUUUAACUUCAGUUUUAUUUGAAUGAAACUUUGUGACUUUUCCUAAGACGCCCCAUACCAUUGGGGAUUAGUUAUGAAGACCUUGCGGUUUACUGAUUAAAUUGCACUGGCCUAGUGAGAGGAGCCCUCAGUCAACCCCCAGCAGCUUCAGCGAUUCACAGGAAGUGUCCGAUGCACGUCUGAACGUUUCAGACCUGAAACUCCUCUCUUCUCUCUUUGCAUUUUUGAACUGGGUGUCUCCUUAUGUGUCUAGCUCCAGAGAGAAGUAAAUAAAAUUCAAAAUGGCCAGCUACCUAGGGUCUGUAGCUUUGCUGUGUAGAUUGUGAUGAUGCCCGGAACUUCCAUCCUUCCCCUAGACUUUCCCACCCCGCUUAGCUGCCAAGAGCCCAGUCCGUUCUGUGUUCUGACUUCUGUUCUUCUA